AUGAGGUGCAGGUGGCCACCUCGGCCACGGUGUGCCAGCAGCUCCACCCGCGGUGGCGAGCCUUGCCAGCUCUGGGCCCUGCUGUGGAGGGGAGUCCCUGUGGUCCACCUGCAGCUCAGGGCCUCAGCAGCCUCCUCUCUCCACAGGCGCCUCUCUGCAGCUUCAGGAGCCCACCUGGAAACCGGCGGCCGCACCUCACGCCCGGACAGCUGGACCAGCCGCCCCGGCCGCCCUGAGAGCUGGGCUGAACGCCAGCAGCCGCCGGUCCGGAGAGAAAAGCCACCGCGGCCGCCCCCGCCACGGUUCCCGCGCCCAGACAGCCGGACCAGCCAGCAAGACAACUCUGAGAGCUGGUCCCGAAGUGACCAGCCGCUGGUCCAGACAGAAAAGCCGGCGAGCCCACCCUCCCAACAGUUCCCACGCCCGGACAGCCGGACCACCCACCAUGACACCUCUGAGAGCUCGUCCCGACGUGACCAGCCGCCGGUCCAAAAGGAAAAGCCACCGCGCCCGCCCCCACCACGGUUCCCGCGCCCGGACAGCCGGACCAGCCAUCAGGAGAACUCUGAGAGCUGGUCCCAACAUGACCAGCCGCUAGUCCGGACAGAAAAGCCGGCGAGCCCACCCUCCCCACAGUUCCCACGCCCGGACAGCCGCACCAGCCAUCAGGAGAACUCUGAGAGCUGGUCCCGACGUGACCAGCCGCUGGUCCGGACAGAAAAGCCGGCGAGCCCACCCUCCCCACAGUUCCCGUGCCAGGACAGCCGCACCACCCACCAUGACACCUCUGAGAGCUCGUCCCGACGUGACCAGCCGCCGGUCCAAAAGGAAAAGCCACCGCGCCCGCCCCCGCCACGGUUCCCGCGCCCGGACAGCCGGACCAGCCAGCAAGACAAAUCUGAGAGCUCGUCCCGACGCGACCAGCCGCCGGUCCAAAAGGAAAAGCCACCGCGCCCGCCCCCGCCACAGUUCUCGCGCCCGGACAGCCGGACCAGCCACCAUGUCAAUUCCGAGAGCUCGUCCCGACAUAACCAGCCGCUGGUCCAAAACGAAAAACUGCCGCAGCCACCCUCCCCACCGCCCCUGCCCCCCCCCGGCCCAUCACCGGCCAACCUCCAGCUCCGCAGUCAGCCCGGCACCCGCCAGCCCCAACGAGAAGGGCACCCCCGACCCUCAAGACCGCUGCUCCGGCCCUCCAGCAUGGGCUGA